AUGAAAGCACCUAUUCCGGGGCUUCCUCUCAAGCUUUAUUUGGCUGCAACAAACACAGCAGUGGGGGCUUUGCUUGCUCAAGAUGAUCAUGACGGGGAAGAAAGUCUCAUUUAUUACGUAAGUAGGCAACUAAGGGGAGCCGAAGUAAGAUAUCCAAAGACUGAACUCUUGUGCCUUGCUCUUGUCUAUGCUGCACAGCGCUUGCGGCAUUACUUCCUUGCUCACAAGCUACAUCUCAUGGUGAAGUCCGAUCCCGUAAUAUAUUUGCUUACAAGGCCGGUGUUAUCCGGACGCCUUGCACGUUGGCUGCUACAACUGUCCGAGUUUGAUAUCACCUGCACCACCCCAAAAGCCAUCAAAGGGCAGGCCGUGAUUGACAUGUUGGCUCUAUUUCCCUUAGUUGAAGAAUCAACAAUCUCUAAGGAAGUUCUGGGGGAGCUGCCGGAAAUGGUUGCUGUAGUCACAGAGGCAGAACCAUGGACCCUCUACUUCGAUAGGUCUUCUACAUCGAAGGGUGGAGGGGCAGGUGUGGUGCUUGUCAAUCCCGAGGGGCAAGCCACGACCCUCUCGUUUAAGCUAAAUUUCCCAUGCACAAAUAAUACGGUAGAGUACGAAGCUUUUAUUGCAGGGAUGUCUACAGCAAGGGAAAUGGGUGUCAAAAGAAUUAAAAUUAUUGGGGAUUCAAACUUGGUGCUGAGUCAAUUACAAGGAAAUUUCGCCGUGAAGGAACCAGCAUUGGCACCAUAUCGUACAGCUGCUGAAAGGCUUGUUCGUUCUUUCAAACAGGUUGUGUUGGAACAUAUCCCGGGAGUCACUAAUAGAUAUGCUGAUGCGUUGGCCACUUUGGGGUCGAGGCUCUCAUUUAUUGAAGAACAGCCCAAUAUUGCAGUAAUCAAGAAGGACACGCCAGUUGUUGAAGUAAUGGCUCAAGAGGAGCAGCUAGAAGAGGAUGACUGGAGGAAGCUUGUGAAAGAAAAAAACAGGCAAAGGAAGCGACAUCAAAGAAUUGAAGGAUUAUGCGAUCAUCUUUGGGGAACUGUACAGACGCCUUCCAGGAGGUAUUUUGACCCGCUGCAUAGGGACAACGGAAGCGCAGGAGAAGCUUCAAGAGGUACAUGA